UUGGAUUUUGUAUGAUGGUGCAGUGCAAGGGGUGAUGGUGUGAUUUUUAGUAUUAUAUAUUAAUAUUUAUCCUUUUAAGUUUUUUAAAUUAUAAAAAUUGUUUGCAAUGGAUGCAUAUGAUAUAUUUAAGAAGCUAACUAAAGGCCUUAGUUUCUCCAAAAGCAGUAAAACCCCUAAAAAAGAGAAUUUUCCGGACAUUAAAAAGGAAGCCAAAGACAAUGAUGUUGUAAAAGUUGUUAAAAAGAAGGAAGAUGAAUUCAUAACAUUAUUAAAUGGCAUAACGAAAGAUGAUCAGGAAAAUAAAAAGGGUAAAAAGCGUAAACAAUUAGAUGAGAAUCAAUUGGACAAGAAAAGGAGGUUGCUGGAACAGGAAGAGAUCAAUCGCUACAGAAACCAAAACAGCAUUUCUGUAGUGGGUCGUAGAAUACCAAAUCCAGCCAGAUCGUUUGACGACUUCAGCGUCGACCAGAGCAUCAUAAAAAAUUUAAUAAAAUGUGGUUAUGAAGAACCAACUCCUAUUCAAAAACAAGCGGUACCCAUAAUGCUGGAAGGCCGACAGCUUUUAGCUUGUGCACCGACAGGUUCUGGUAAAACUGCCGCGUUUUUGGUUCCAAUUAUUCAGCAGUUGAAAAGUCCUCAGAAUUCAGGUUUCAGGGCAUUGAUUUUGUGUCCAACCCGGGAAUUGGCUAGUCAAACUCAAAGAGAAUGUGUUAGAUUAUCUGAAGGCAAAGGUUUCAGGAUUCACAUUCUGAGUAAAAUUAAUAAAGCUCUUAAUCAGUAUGGGCCUAAAAGUAACCAGAAAUUUGAUAUUUUAAUAACAACUCCCAAUAGAUUGUGUUUUUUACUAAAACAAGAUCCACCUGCAAUUCAGCUAUCUAGCAUACAAUGGCUAGUGAUUGAUGAAGCUGACAAACUUUUUGAAGAUGGAAGCAGGAGUUUCAGAGACCAAUUAGAUCAAAUACUUCAAGCAUGUGACAAUAAAGACAAAAAAAUAGCAAUGUUUAGUGCUACACAUACUCCAGUUGUUGCCAAAUGGUGUGUCCACAAUAUGCCUGGACUUGUAAGAGUAACUAUUGGUCAAAGAAAUGCGGCCACUGAUACUGUUGACCAAAAACUUCAAUUUGUCGGUUCAGAACAUGGUAAAUUGAUUGCCCUACGUGAUUUGAUUCGUCAAGGAAUCAGUCCGCCAGUACUUAUUUUUGUCCAAAGCAAGGAACGUGCUCAGCAAUUGUUCAACGAGCUCAUCUAUGACGGUAUUAUGGUGGACGCCAUACAUGCGGACAGAACGCAAACUCAAAGGGACAAUGUCGUUAAAUGUUUCAGAGAAGGCAAAAUAUGGGUGUUGAUUUGUACUGAAUUGAUGGCCAGAGGUAUUGAUUUCAAAGGGGUGAAUUUGGUCAUUAAUUAUGAUUUUCCUCCAUCGUCCAUAUCAUAUGUUCAUAGAAUUGGUAGAGCGGGGAGGGCUGGAAGGACUGGCCAAGCUGUUACAUUUUUCACUCAGGAAGAUUCUCCUCUUUUAAGAAGUAUAGCGUAUAUCUUGAAAGAAUCCGGCUGUGAGGUUCCUGAAUAUCUACUAUCAAUAAAAACGAAAUCGAAAAAGGAGGCCAAAAAAAUUGCAAAGAAAGCCCCUGCCCGCGAGGACAUUACUACUGUUCCUAUUUAUGACAGGAUAAAAGGAGGUAAAAAGGCCAAGUUUAGAGAAAUUGCUAAAAGAAUGAAAGAAGCGAAAAACAAAGCAGUUCACAAAAAAAAGAAAAUUAAUCCCAAGAAGAACGUUGUGGAAAAUAUUCACAGAAAACAGAAAAUUAGUGUUAAAAAGUCUGAUAAAAAAUCAAAACAGAAAAAUUAAUAAAUAAUUUAAAUAUAUAA